AUGGAGGUUUCAGAAACAGAUCAUAAUUAUGAUCAAAUGGAGGGCUAUCGUGUAGAAGAAACAGCCGUGUUGAAUUAUUAUUGUCCUCCUGGCUACAGAUUUGCACCCAGCGAUGAAGAACUUAUCAUGUAUUACUUGAUACCGAAGAGCCAGGACCAGAUUUUUGAGCCAAACUGCAUCAUUUCAGAGAUUACUUUGUCCGAUUAUACUCCUGAGGAAAUAGCAGAAACAGAUUUUAAUUAUGAUCAAAUGGAGGGCUAUCGUGUAGAAGAAACAGCCGUGUUGAAUUAUUAUUGUCCUCCUGGCUACAGAUUUGCACCCAGCGAUGAAGAACUUAUCAUGUAUUACUUGAUACCGAAGAGCCAGGACCAGAUUUUUGAGCCAAACUGCAUCAUUUCAGAGAUUACUUUGUCCGAUUAUACUCCUGAGGAAAUAGCAGUUCGAAAGUCGAACAAUGGAAAGCGACGGAACCGACUCGCUGGAGAUGGAUAUUGGAGACUAGCAAACACAACAGAUGUAUACUCCGAUAAUGGCGUGAAAAUUGGAUCCAAGAGUUUAUUGGGUUUCCAUAGAGUAAUCCCAAAUGUAAAGGAGGAAAAGACUGAUUGGAUUAUGCAUGAAUUCUCAGUACUCCCUAGUUUGGAUCGAAAGAGAAAACUUACUACUCUUGGAGAAGAAGACAUGCUCAAGCUUGAAGAUGGCUAUGUUCUUUGUCAGAUGUAUAAGAGAGGCUCCACUAAAACCAACAAAGUUCUGAGGAGAUCAAACAAAAACACAGAGCUCCAAAUUCUGCCUCAUAAUUAUGUGGAGACUGCGCCAGCUAAUUUAGAAUAUCAUGCGCAUGAUGAUCAUGAUCAGAACUCAAUGCUUCUCUCGAAGACGCCCGGCCGCAUUGAUCACGGAGCACUAACCCUCGUGGAAACCCCGCCAUCCACGUCGGUCUCUGGCGAGAAUCGCAAUCUCGGAGGACUUUCGUCCGACGCAAUACUCGGUGCGGUUCCUCCCACAGCUGCUGCUGACGACGGUGAUGAGCUCACUGCUUUUUUGUUGAAGGCUUUGGAUGCUGAAGACUAUUAUUAUGCACAGCUUAUGGAGAAUUCUCUUCCAACGACGGCAACAACAUCUUCCAGUAAUAUUACUGAUGUUAGCCCUCAGAAAGCAAACGACAAGGAUUUGGUUUUGAGGGGUCUGGAGGAGGUGAAUCAGCUGAUUAGUGACUUCUCCAAUCAUAUUAGUACUCCUAUUGCUCCCAAUUGGGAUACUGCUACUACUAGUACGACAUGUUGUUUGUAA